AUGUCUACCCUCGGUACCUCAAAGGGGUUACUAGAGCUGUACCACAUCCCCGCAGACGCGUCUACGCUGUAUACUUCUGGCAAUGACUAUUCUAAUUCGGCGGGAAUCGGCUUCGGUCACAUUGGAUUCACAGUCCCCGAUGUCACUGAAGCACUGGAGAGGAUCAAUAGCUUUGGCUAUGAGGUCAUCAAGCCGCUGGGUGAGGCGAAAGAAGAGCAGAUGGGUUUACCCGCGAAGGCUGUGGACGGGACGCAUGGGAAGGUACCAGAUGGCUACAAGCAUGUCUUCAAACAACUGGCUUUCGUUAAGGAUCCGGACUCCAUCAUAACGUCGCGAUCGAAGUUCUUCGCCAACGCGCUUAGUGGCCGCUGGAAUAAUUCUGACGCUAAGACUAUCAACCUCUACGAAGUUAACCCUGAGCUGAGAUCGGAAGAUGUUGAGCACUACUUGGAAACCGUCUAUACAAAUCGCAUCACGCUCAAGGAUGACUCAAGAAGUCUCGAAAGCAUAUGCCACGUAUACGUGAUAGCUGAGUUGCUGCUCGAUCUACACACCCGUAAUCUGGCAACUCAGGCACUGUAUGAGCAGAUCUCCUUCCGUGAAUCUUAUGGGUACGUUGUUCACACAAACCCUGGCCCAGAGUGUAUAAAGAUUAUCUACGAAGGUACAGUAGCUGGGGAUCUAAUGAGGGAGCUACUUGUUCAUAGUUGGUGCGGUCUCGGACGCCAUGGUUUACUCCAGUGCGAUGAUUUGCCCAAACGGUUCUUGAGUGAGCUAGCGACGGCUGCGCUGAAGGAGGAACAAGGACCGUUGUUGUAUCAUUUGGACACAUACCUCGAAGACAAUUCAUAA